GUACUAUGGGACAGACGUGAUGAAAUUAUUGUAAAAUAGGGGAAUACCCUCGAGCAGACAAGGGAAAGCUAAAAGCACUUGUGAAGCGCUCCACUGGCUGACUGCACCUGGAGAUAAAAGCACUUUCUAGCGUAUGAAUAUGCAAUUAACUAUGCCUAAACGCCAUUAGCACACGGUGCUUUGGCAGUCGUGCCGAUCGCGCCCUUUGAGAGCGUUCGUUCAAGCGCCACUUCGCCUUGCUUUUGACAUGGCUGACUUCAACGAGAAAGCCUAUGCCCGGCAAAAGUUUCGCAGCUCGCGAGGCCGUGGAGGGCGCCGAGGAGGCGGGGGCCGUGCUGGCGGAGGGCGCGCUGGCGGGGGCCCCGCACGCCAGGCCCCUUCUGACGGCCUUGACAGUAAUGCGUUCCGUUAUGACGAUGAGUCGGCGGCGCCUGAGGACGGCACCGUCGCGCCGCGCUCCCAGGGUGCUGACCUGGAGGAGCUGCUGGCGGAAGCGGAGGCGGCGGGCGGAGGCGGCGCCCUCAGCUCAGCCGCCUUCUACCGCUUCCGCGCGGCGCUGCAGGACAUAGGAGACGAGGCGCCGCCGCUUGGCGCCACACAGGCACCGGACCAGCUCCUGGCCAUCGACCUGCAACAGCUUGGCGACUGCCUGUCAGCCCUGCCGCUACACCAGCUGCUGGGGCUGGAGCCGCACUACCUGGAGGGCUGCGAGCCGGCAGCUGCAGCAGCUCCAGCAGCGUCUGGAGUUACUACAGCCGCCAAGGCAGCAGCACCAGCCCUAGCGCCGGCGCAAGUGGCAGCACCAGCACGCCUGGCAGUGUCGCUGGUGCCCCCGGUGCCGAUACCGGUGCCAGUGCUCGUCACGCCGGCGGUAGCUGCCGCCGCGGUGCCAGUUGCGUCGCCCGCAGCUGUUGCAGCGGCCAGCGGCAGUGCAGUGGAUGACGGCGACGAGGAUGCAGAGCUGGCUGCUCUGCUGACGGGGCGGCCGGUGGUGGCGGCCGCCAAGCCGGGAACCGCCGCUGCAGCGAGCGGCGCCGUGGGGAUACGGCCGGCGGGUGCUGGCGUGUCGCUACCGGCGUCAUUGCAGCCACGGCCGGUAGGGCUUCCAGCAGCCACAGCGGUGCCGGUUACGGUGAAGACGGUGGGAGGGCCGGUGGCGGCUAGGUUGGGGACGGCAGCAGCAGCAGGAAUGCCCGUGGUGCCAAAGAUUGUGGCCGGACUCCCGGUGCGGGUGGCUGGCGGCGUGACCGCAGGCACGGGCGGCGCAGCUUCACCAGCUGCAGGGUUGGCAGCAGGCGCUGGGAAAGCCGCCGCCGGCAGCGGGGCUGCUGGUGGUGCUGCUGCGGGUGCGGGUAUGGAUGACGAGCUUCGGCUCCUGCUGGGGCUACCCCCCGCAGCGGGUGGCGCGGUGGGGGUUCCGAUGGCGGGGGCGGCAGCUGCAGCGCCGCCGCGGGCGGGGCUGCCGCAAGCUGGCGGCGCCACAACUGUCCAGCAGGCUCGGCCAGUCGCCAAACUGGGCACCACCGCUGCUCCGGCGGCGGCGGCGACGGCAGCGGCCCCGGCCGCAGCUCCUGGCGGCGGAAAGGCCGCCGCGCAGAGCCUAGAUGACUGGCUGAACAGCAUGUGAGGCAGCAUGGAGGCGCCCGCGGGGCGCAGCUGGGUGUGCACUUGGGUGAUGUGAGGUGGCGGCGCAUUCAGGCCCUGUGGUGAGGCGUCUGCAUACAUUCAGGCAAGGUGGAAGGCAGCUACGGUACACGGAGGGCCGUGGUUGCGGCACUGUACUUGGUGGCCAGUCGGACUGUCGGAGUCCGCCAGGAUGCGGUGGCUAGGCACCCCCCCCCAAAAAAAAAGAGUUGUGGGGCGUGGAAGGCAGUGGCGACGCAGGUCAUGGUCAGGGCGUGGGUGGUGGUCGUGCGAGGGUGCCCCUCAGGAGCUGUGCGGGCCUGGGUUUCUGUUGGGUCCAAUGCAUCUGUAACGUGCGGCGAGU